AUGUCCGAGUUGGAAGAGUACAGAGCAAUGAACCGCGUCGAAAUCUCUCGCUUAAGCAAAACAUAUCCAGAAAUCAAGCUGGAGGAAAUCACCCAUUCAUUCGUCUACAUCAAAAUAUUCACGGUGGAGGUGGUCAUCGAGCUCGAUAAGAACAUCGUAAUACCCAGGUCCGAAUUCGGUGAAGGCAUGGGUCGAAUAAGAUUGAGACGGUUCCUUGCCAGGCUCAAGUCUGAUCCCGAGGCGAAGUUGGCGAGACGGCGAACCAGAACUAUCGAAGCGUCACGCUUACGAAAUGUAAUGAGUAACACAAAUUAUCGUACAUCAGUGCUGUGA